AUGCGAGGCCGCGAGCUGCCGUUUGUCCUGCUGGCGCUGGUCCUCUGCCAGGCUACCCGGGGACCCGCCGCCCCGGUGCCGGCGGCCGGGGAGACCGUGCUGGCCAAGAUGUACCCUCGCGGCAACCACUGGGCGGUGGGGCACCUCAUGGGGAAAAAGAGCGCAGGGGAGUCCCCGGAUGUCCACGAGGGGGGCAGCGUGAAGCACCAGCUACGGGAGUACAUCCUGUGGGAAGAAGCUGCAAGGAAUCUCCUAAGUCUCGUGGAAGGAAAGGGGACCAGAAGCCACCAGCCACCCCCACGGGGCGUCCCGCAGUACUCUCCAUCCACUCAGGACUCCGAGGGUAGCAGCAGCCUUCCAGAUGUGGGUUCAAGACUCCAAGGUUCUCAGCGUGAAGGAAGGAACCCCCAGCUGAACCGACAAUGACGAUGACAACCUCUCUCAAAGAAGCAAAACGAAACCCUUGAGAAUAUGUUCCACAGGCGUCAAUUCUACUGGAUCACCCACCAGAUUUCCUUUGUGCAAAA